AUGGUGAAGCUAGCAUCAGCUAGAGAGAUUCGAAUGUAUGGGCCGAGGCUAUCUAAAUCCAGGGCAGAAUACAUGAACGCAGGGCUCUAUGUGUUUGCAACUAUUGUGCUUAUUGGUGGGUUUGUGGCUGAAUUGUCAAAGGAAACCAAGCCAGGUCUUGUGCUUUUGCUCAUAGCUCUCUUACUUAUUACGGUGGUCAAUCUUCAUGAUCUUGUUGCCCAUCUAGCCGGGAUUGAUUAUCGGUUGCGUCUGAUGGGGUAUGACACACAGCUUGCACUAGUUGAAUUUGCUGUUCCUGUGAUUCAGGCCUUGGGGGCUUUGCUUUCUUUCUUGGGUAUUCUUUUUCUUUUUAUUCAGGAAUAUAAAGGAUAUGAUCACUUCAAAUUGGAAAGGCAUGCUUUAAACUUGCUUGCUGCAGGACCAGCGUUCUGGAUGCUUGGAUCCUUACACAACUCAUGCCAAAUAUAUGAAAGAGCUGAUGGGCAUGUGCAAAUCUUGCAGCAGAGUGUCCACAUCCCAUUUUUAAUGGGAAGUUCGUUGUUCUUGGUGGGAUCUAUUCUCAAUAUUCGUGAGCACGCAGGAUGGGGUCAUCAUGGACUGGAAUUAUUGGGCAAGACUUGGGUUUGGAUAGGCAUCUUUGGAAGUCUAAUGUUCUUUAUUGGGGGUUUAACAAAUGUAGUCAAAGUGUUCGAGAUGCAACAUGUUGAUGGACUAAGGUUGGAGAAAUUGCGAGGAGGAGCUCAAGAGCGUUUGAGACGAGAGAGGGAGGGCCAGGCACCACUAAUCCUAGGAGGGGAGAGGAGGGGGGAAACGAUAGCCGAAGAAACUAGAGCAGCACUCCUUAUUCCUGCACCAACUCCUUACAAGGAUGUACUUGUGGGCCAGUCUUGA